UAGCGUCCUACUAACCGCCAGGCAAGGCAAGUAGCACAGUACAAAAACUGCAACAGCCCACUGGCGCUCUCUCUCCCUAAACAGUACAUUUGCAAGGAGUUCUAAACACCUCCAUCGCAGCACCUAGUUGAGUGGUCUCUGUCUCUCAGGAAAACCACAGUACUCAUGAAAUGGCACAGCAUGCCAAAAAAAACACAGGGCAUAGAAUGACACCAUAUGGGAAGUAGCGUCUGACACCCAGCCCCUGUAUGGGAUAGCCCUUCUGGACCAGACACAGGCAUCAGAGUGAAGGGCCAGUUUGUAGCCAAACAUGUUCCACCUGAUAAAAAAAGACAAGGACAAGUCAGAGAAGGAUGGCGGGAAGAAGGAGAAGAAGGAGAAGAAGGACAAAAAGGAGAGGAUGUCUCCGGCCGAGAUGAAGAGCUUGGAGGAGAUGGGCAUGCGAAGGGGCUUCUUCCACCUCCACAGAGGGGGGUCCAAGCGCGACUCGAAGGGCAAGCUGGAGAUCUCCAGCCCCAUCCCCAUCAAAGUCAUCAACAGCACAGAGCUCAGCCUGAGCAACCUGGACUACGAGCGGGUCCAGGGCCAAGGAGGACUGACCCAGGGCUCGGGCCAGAUGAGCGCAAGUAGCUCCAGGGACGACCUGAAGAAGGACGCCUCGCAGGAAGCACCCAAUCGGACCUCUAUCCGGGACCGGGCUUCCAAAUUUGGAGCCCUGUCCAAGCAGAACUCCCAGGUGGGUCAGAUCAUGAAACGGUUCUCCUUCUCCCAGAGGAGCAAAGAGGAGAGUCCGCCAGAGUCCACCUCUCAGUCGGGCCAGAACUCUGCUUCCGUCUCGCCCCAAGUGGAGGCUAAAGGGUUUGACCCCCAGCCUCGCCCUAAGACUCCUCGUCAGCCCGUCCACAUUCCUGACCUGGUAGAAAAGACGUUCACCGCCGACCUGCGACUGCCCGCGGUGGUGGUUCCCAAAGUUCCUGAAACACGGGAACUGGAGCUGCAGCGGCGCAACACCGGCGACUUCGGCUUCUCCCUGCGCCGCACCACCAUGCUGGACCACCGGCCCGACGGUUCCGUCUACCGCCGCGUGGUCCACUUCGCCGAGCCCGGUUCGGGCAGCAAGGACCUGACUUUAGGGCUGGUGCCGGGGGACCGUCUGGUGGAGAUCAACGGGCAGAACGUGGAGAGCAAGAACCGGGACGAGAUCGUGGAGAUGAUCCGUCAGUCUGGCGACGUGGUGUGUCUGAAGGUGCAGCCAAUCGUGGAGCUGAGCGAGCUGAGCCGCUGCUGGCUGAAGAACACCGAGGGAGGCAGCAGAGAGGCCUGUGAGGUGAAGACGGAGGAGCAGAUUACUGCGGAGAAGGCGUGGUACGGCACAGAGAAAGUAUGGCUGGUCCACAAGGAUGGCUUCUCCCUAGCGACCCUGCUGAAGACAGAGGCUGGCAGUCUGCCCGAGGGCAAAGUGAAGAUCCGGCUGGAACAUGACGGGUCCCUGCUGGACGUGGACGAGGAUGACGUGGAGAAGGCCAACCCCCCGUCUCAUGACCGCGUGGAGGACCUGUCGUCUCUGCCCUACCUGAACGAGUCGAGCGUCAUGCACUCGCUGCGCCAGCGCUACGGAGGGAACCUCAUGCACACCUACGCCGGGCCCAACCUGCUGGUCAUCAACCCCGUCACCGCCCCCGCCAUGUACUCCGAGAAGGUGAUGCACAUGUUUAAAGGCUGUCGUCGCGAGGACACGGCGCCACACAUCUACGGCGUGGCGCAGACGGCGUACCGCAACCUGCUGACCACGCGCCAGGACCAGUCCAUCGUGCUGCUGGGCAAGACGGGCAGCGGCAAGACCACAAACAGCCAGCACCUGGUGCAGUACCUGGUGUCCAUCGCUGGCAGCCCAGGCAAAGUCUACUCUGCGGAGAAGUGGCAGGCCGUCUACACCAUCCUGGAGGCGUUUGGGAACGGCUCGACGGCCAUGAACAGUAAUGCCAGUCACUUCUCCCACAUUGUCUUCCUGGACUUUGACCAGGCCGGACAGGUGGCAUCUGCCUCCAUUCAAACGAUGUUAUUGGAGAAGCUGCGGGUAGCACGGCGGCCGGAGGCAGAGUCCACCUUUAACAUCUUCUACUACAUGAUGGCUGGAGCAGACGGAUCACUCAAGACAGAGCUCCACUUUAACCACUUUGCAGAAAGCAGUGCCUUUGGGAUCAUGCCCCCCACUAAGAGUGAAGACAAGCAGAAGGCAGCGCAGCAGUUCACUAAGCUGCAGGCAGCGAUGAAGGUGUUGGGCAUCUCUGCUGACGAGCAGAAGGCCUUCUGGCUCAUGCUGGCCGCCAUUUAUCACCUGGGAGCCGCCGGUGCCACCAAAGAGACAGAGGAAGCCGGCCGGAAGCAGUUUGCCCGUCACGAGUGGGCCCAGAAGGCAGCCUACCUGCUGGGGGUGGGCCUGGAAGAGCUCUCCUCCUCCAUCUUCAAGCACCAAGCCAAAGGCUCCAACCCGCGCAUCUCCGCCAUACGCCAGGCCACAGAGGACGCCGCCGACUCCUCAGGGCUGAAGGCCACUGCGCUGGAGUGUUUGGAGGCCAUGGCGUCUGCUCUUUAUUCUGAGCUCUUCACGGUCCUCAUCUCCCUCAUCAACAGAGCGCUGAAGUCCAGUCAGAACUCUUUGUGCUCGGUUCUGAUUGUGGACGCGCCGGGCUUCCAGAACCCGAGGCAGGCCAAGCGCGAGCGCGGCGCCACCUUCGAGGAGCUCUGCCACAACUACGCCCAGGAGCGGCUGCAGAUGCUCUUCCACGAGCGCACCUUUGUCAAGGAGCUGGAGAGAUACAAGGAGGAGAACAUAGAGAUUGCAAUGGAUGACAUUGAGCCCGGCACAUCACUCUCUGUGGCUGCUGUAGACCAAGCAUCCAGCCAAGCCCUGGUGCGUACCCUCCCCAGGACCGAUGAGGCUCGAGGGCUGCUGUGGCUGAUGGAGGAGGAGGCCCAGCAGCCUGGAGGCUCAGAGACGUCUCUCCUGGACAGACUCUUCAGCUACUACGGGCCCGCAGAGGGGGAGAGUAAAGGUCACACGGUUCUCCUAAAGAGCGAGCGGGCGCAUCACUUCCUGCUGGGCCACAGCCACGGCAGUGAUUGGGUGGAGUAUGAUGCCCGCGGCUGGCUGGGUCACGCUAAGCACAACCCUGCCACGCAGAACGCAGCCAGCCUCCUGCAGAACUCUCAGAAGAAGAACAUCAGUUCUCUUUUCAUCGGGCGCUCAGCGGGCACCACAGUGCUGUCGGGGUCCAUCGCGGGGCUGGAGGGCAGCUCUCAGCUGGCGCUGCGCCGGGCCUCCAGCAUGAGGAAGUCCUUCACCACGGGGGUGGCCGCCGUCAAGAAGAAGUCCCUCUGCAUCCAGAUCAAACUACAAGUGGACGCCAUGCUGGACACGGUGAAGAGAUCCCGGGUCCACUUUGUGCACUGCCUGCUGCCGAGGGCGGACGCCCUGCAGGGGACCAGCUCGUCCGAGAGCUCCGGAGAGAGCUGCGACCCGGGGCUGAUGCAGCUGGACGUGGGCCUCCUGCGGGCACAGCUCAGGGGCUGCAGGCUGCUGGAUGCCAUGAGGAUCUACCGGCAAGGCUUCCCUGACCAUAUGGUGUUCUCGGAGUUCCGUCGCAAGUUUGACGUGUUGGCGCCGCACCUGACCAAGAAGCUGGGCCGCAACUACAUCGUCAAGGACGAGAGGAGGGCUGCGGAGGAGCUGCUGGAGGCCCUGGACCUGGAGAAAAGCAGCUAUCACAUGGGCUUAAGCAGGGUCUUCUUCCGGGCGGGAACGCAGGCUAAGUUGGAGGAGCAGCGCGAUGAGCAGACCAGACGCAACAUCACCCUCUUCCAGGCGUCCUGCAGGGGAUACCUGGCCAGACAGGCCUUCAAGAAGAGGAAGAUCCAGGACCUGGCCAUCCGCUGUGUUCAGAAGAACAUCAAGAAGAAUCAUGGAGUGAAGGGCUGGCCCUGGUGGAAGCUCUUCACCACGGUGCGCCCGCUCAUCGAGGUGCAGCUCACUGAGGAUCAGAUCAGAGGCAAAGACGACGAGAUUCAGCAUCUGAAGACGAAGCUUGAGAAGGUGGAGAAGGAACGCAACGAGCUGAGACUCAACGGUGACCGCCUGGACAACAGGAUUACAGAGCUGUCUGCAGAACUGGCGGAUGAGAGGAACACUGGUGAGUCAGCGUCUCAGAUGCUGGAGAGCGAGACGGCAGAGAGACUACGCCUGGAGAGGGACAUGAAGGACAUGCAGUCGAAGUUUGACGCCAUGAAGAAAAAGAUGGAGUCGAUGGAGAUGGAGGUGAUGGAGGCUAGACUCCUCAGGGCGUCAGAGCUUAACGGGGAGCUAGACGACGACGACGAUGACGCCGGAGGAGAGUGGAGGCUGAAGUAUGAGAGAGCCAUCCGUGAGAGCGACUUCAACAAGAAGAGGCUGCAGCAGGAGUUUGAGGACAAGCUGGAGACUGAGAAACAGGCCAAGAGACAUGUGGAGAGGAGGCUGACAGACCUCCAGGCGGACCAGGAUGAGUCUCAGCGCUCGCUGCAGCAGCUGAAGAAGAAGUGCCAGCGCCUGGGCGCCGAGCUGCAGGACACCAAGCUGCACCUGGAAGGCCAGCAGAGCCGCAACCACGACCUGGAGAAGAAGCAGCGCAAGUUUGAUCUGGAGCAGAGCCAGACUCACGAUGAGGCCCAGAGAGAGAGGAGCCUGCGGGAGCGGCUGAGCCGAGAGAAGGACAUGAUGACCGGGGAGGUGUUCUCUCUCAGACAGCAGCUGGAGGAUAAGGACAUGGAGCUGUGUGCAGCCAACCUGAAGGUGGAGCAGCUGGAUGCGGAGCUGCUGGACCUGUCGUCACAGGAGUCCAAGGACGAGGCCUCGCUGUCCAAGAUCAAGAAGCAGCUGCGUGACCUGGAGGCCAAGGUCAAGGACCAGGAGGAGGAGCUGGACGAGCAGGCUGGCACCAUCCAGGUGCUUGAGCAGGCUAAGCUGCGGCUGGAGAUGGAGAUGGAGAGACUGCGCCAGCACCACUCUAAAGACAUUGAGGGCAAGGAUGAGGAGGUGGAGGAGAUCCGACAGUCUUGCAAUAAGAAGCUGAAGCAGCUAGAGGUGCAGCUGGAGGAGGAGUAUGACGACAAGCAGAAGGUCCUGCGGGAGAGGAGAGACCUGGAGGCCAAGCUGCUUAGCGCCCAGGACCAGGUGGGCGUGAAAGACGUUGAGACGGAGAAGCGCCUGAGGAAGGACCUGAAGCGCACCAAGGUGCUGCUGGCCGACGCCCAGAUCAUGCUGGACCACCUGAAGAGCCACGCCCCCAGCAAGAGGGAGAUCGCCCAGCUCAAGAACCAGCUGGAGGAGUCUGAGUUCACGUGUGUGGCGGCGGUGAAGGCCCGGAAGUCCAUGGAGCUGGAGAUCGAGGACCUGCACAUCCAGAUGGACGACAUCUCCAAGGCCAAGAUGUCGCUGGAUGAGCAGUUGAGUCGUCUCCAGAAGGAGAAGAACGACCUGCAGUCGCGCCAGGAGGAGGACCAGGAGGAGAUGAAUGAGCUCAUGAAGAAGCACAAGGCCGCCGUCGCCCAGUCUGCGAGGGACCUUGCCCAGAUCAGUGACCUACAGGCACAGAUGGAGGAGGUCAUGAAGGAGAAGCAGGAGAUUCAGGAGAAGGUGCAGACCCUGCAGAGCCAGCUGGAGUUCCAGGAGCAGUCCAUGGUGGAGAAGUCCUUGGUCAGCCGGCAGGAGGCCAAGAUCCGCGAGCUGGACACCAAGUUGGAGUACGAGCGCACGCAGAUCAAGCGCCUGGAGGGCCUGGUGUCGCGUCUGAAAGAGAACCUGGAGAAGAUGGUGGAGGAACGCGAUCACCGGGUGGCCGGGGAGAACCGGGAGAAGGACCAGAACAAGCGCAUUCAGCGCCAGAUCCGGGACAUGAAGGAGGAGAUGGCCGAGCUCUCCAAGAAGGAGGGCGAGGCCAGCCGCAAGAAGCACGAGCUGGAAAUGGACAUUGAGAGUUUGGAGGCAGCCAAUCAGAGCCUGCAGGCUGACCUGAAGUUGGCCUUCAAGAGGAUAGGAGACCUGCAGGCCGCCAUCGAGGAUGAGAUGGAGAGCGACGAUAAUGAUGACAUCUUCAGCAGUCUACAAGACAUGGUGACAAAGUAUCAGAAAAGAAAGAACAAAACCGGCGAGGACUCGGACAUGGACUCUGAGGUGGAGGAGCGCGUGGACGGGGUGAAGUCGUGGAUGUCCAAGAAUAAAGGAUCCAGUAAGACCCUGUCAGAGGAGGGCAGCCUGAAGGGCUCCAGAUAUGCUGUUAAUGUGGACGCUAAGCAAGGCAAAGAGGGGAAGGAGGGGAAAGAGGGGAAAGACACGAUGAAAGAGGGCAAAGAGCCGGAGUCCAGCCGCUCCGUGUCGGUGAUGAGCUCCCUGAGCUACAGGAAGCGCUCCAACCUGAAGGACUCCAUCGGGGGCGCGGGAGACGAGAGCUCCCUCUUCAGCACCCUGAAGGAUCAGUCAGACACCAUGGACCGCUCCUCGCUCCGCAAGGCCAAGUCCAAGUCCGCCGACGGGCAGGACGACACCAUGUCCGUCAGCAGCUGGAAGAAGUCUGGCGAUGACAUGGACGACCGCGGCUCGGUUAUCUCGCAGGCGUACUCGGAGGCGACCAGCCAUGCGCGGAAGGGCCUGGACCGCCGCUGGACGUCCCGGAGCAGCCCGGAGUUCGAUAAGGAGUCGAGCGUGUCGUCCAGCCGCAUGUCGGCCAGGCGCAGGAUGGGUCAGGACGACAGCGACGACGAUGACGUGAAGUCGAGCGUGAGCAGCUACGGCGUGCGCCGGAGCGCCUCUUGGCGGGACGACAGCCGCAGCGACUCCUACAUGUCAUCCUUGAGCCCCUCGUUGAGCCGGAGGGGCGGCGGGCGGCACCCGUAG